GUGAAUGAUAGUUUUCCUGAAAGUUGUUUCGAGGAAUGUGUCCACCACCGUGUCUUCCAUUGUUCCGAGAUCUCGAUCUUCGUCGGAUGGAUCCGCAUCAAAUAAGUAACCAUUCUGGCAACGGCUGAAGUUUCGAACGAACUUGUCACAUUCGAGUUCGGGGCUCAGCCAAAGAGGAACCUUCCAUUGAACUAACCCGUGGCUUUUUCUGUUUCAUUAUCCGUCCCAUUUAGCCUCAUCUCGCCAGUCUUGAUCUCGAAGCUUCACUGGCAAUAUUUACACGGUGACAAGUAGGAUCCGCAUGGCAGAAGCUCCCGACACUAGACCACUAUCCAUAGCGCCAUUCUUCCCGCAUCCCAGUCCUCUUCCUAAACUGGGGGCGGGACCACAAUUUUUUUAUUUCUUGGCGCUAAACUUGGGUUGCUCCGCGCACGUCAACAACGGCCGCUAUUGAAAUCGCGAAAUCGAACCCCUCCACUCCGUGCCUGAAGGGACCCAAGCCCGUGCCGCGAUUCCCAACUCCGCGACCGUUUAUUCCCCCGGCCGUCCGUCCGUCCGGUAAAACUUCACGACACAUUCCCAGCCAGAGUUUCGCUUGGUGCCCUCGGCCGCCUCCAAUCCCGUCGCCAAAAUGUGCUCUCCUACUACAGAAAACAACAACAACAACAACGACCAUCUAGUCCAAUCGUCCGACCCCAACCACCCCGCCAACCUCAUCCCCGCCCUCUGCGCCAAGUUCUGGACUCUCGGCUGGGUAACCGGCACAGGCGGCGGCGCCUCCAUCCGAUCCGAUGACCUCGUCUACCUCGCCCCCUCGGGCGUCCAAAAGGAGCUCAUGAAGCCCGACGACAUCUACGUCUUGUCCUUGGCCGCCCAGGCACAAUCGCUCGACAAGCGCCAACGCGUCUACCUCCGCUCGCCAGCCAACUACAAGCCCUCGCAGUGCACGCCCUUGUUUCUGGCGGCGUUCACCAAGCGCAAUGCGGGCUGUUGUAUCCAUACGCACUCGCAUUGGGCGGUGCUGGUUACGUUGAUUCUGGAGACGCAGGGCGCCGGCAAGGACAGGGAGUUUAUGAUCAACAAUAUCGAGCAGAUCAAGGGGUUUGGAAAGGGGUUUGGCAAGAGUGGGAAUUUGGGAUAUCAUGAUACGUUGAAGAUCCCGGUGAUUGAGAAUACGGCGCAUGAGGAGGACUUGACGGAGUUUUUGGAGGAGGCCAUGGAUAAGUAUCCGGAUACGUAUGCGGUGUUGGUGAGGAGGCAUGGUGUCUAUGUGUGGGGGGAGAAUGUGCACAAGGCCAAGACCAUGUGCGAGAGCUUGGAUUACCUCUUCCAACUGGCCGUCGAGAUGAAGCAGCUCGGUCUUCCUUGGGUAACCGAUAUCGAGCCUACCGUUCCUACGAGGAAGUAAACAACAACAAUAACAACAACAAUAGUGAUACCACAAAAACAAAGAAACAUUCCAUCAAAAUCAUAUACACAAGUUCAGCUCAGAUGUGUAUCCACAAAGUGAUUCAAACCGCUGUGCUUACUAUAUAUACUACAAUACCGCUCGU